AUGGCUCGAUGUUGUCAUGCCGUCAUUCAAGGGAAGGCCAUACCCGCUUUAGCAAAUGCGGUUAAAAAUAGAUACAACAUAGACAAAAAACCUAAUAUUUUAUCUAAAAUGUUAAAUUUUGUGUACUUAUUUUCACUGAUGAUACCACACUCUAGUGGCAAGGAAUGUCCGAAGAAUGAAACAUCUUGGACACAAAGAUCAAAGACAAUCUGUGACAAUACUGAAAAUCGUGUUUAUCAUUGUCUCCCUACAAACAAUUUGAAUGACACAAUAGAGGACUGCUUCAUUCCACAAACAAUACAGCCAGGUCAUUGUGCAGUUUACCAUACAGUCACAAAAAAUGUUUCUUUUGACCCACGGAAAAAGUGUACAGAUAUAUUUCCUGAAACGUGUCCAAAAGGAGUGUAUCAGUCAAACGAACUUUAUAGAUGGCCGUCAUGUUUAGAGAUAAAUCCUUACCAGCUUUGCUACCUGGCUGAAUCUACCUGUCCAGAUAUACAAAGGUAAAUAAAUUUACAUAGGAGGAGAGUAA